AUGCCUCUUGUGAUUGUGCUGCAGUUGCAGGCUGUUGUUGUUGUUGUUUUCCACAUCCUCCACCUCCACAACAUUGUGAUUUACCACAACCUGACAUUGUUGUUAUAUUAUAAGUUUAGAUCACACAACAACAAGGAAGGAAUGACUGACAAGAACAAGAAGCCAGCCGCCGCUGUUAAGCCAGCCGCCAAGACUGCCGCCAAGCCAGUCGCCAAGACUGCUGCCCCAGCCAAGAAGGGUGCCAAGAAGCCAAGAACUUUGUUCAACAACUUGUACACCAAGAAGGUCCGUGUCUUCGGAACUGGUUUCGGUGUCAUCCCCAAGCACGACUUGACCCAUUUCGUUAAGUGGCCACGUUACGUGCGCAUCCAGCGCCAGAGACGUGUGUUGUUGAGACGUUUGAAGGUUCCCCCAACCAUCAACCAGUUCACCCGUGUCCUCGACAAAAACACCGCCACCAACUUGUUCAAGUUGCUCGACAAGUACCGUCCAGAGGAGGCCGCCGCCAAGAAGGCCCGUCUCCUGAAGGCUGCUUCCGAGAAGGCUGCCGCCCCAAAGGGUGAGAAGCCAACCAAGCCAACCAAGGACGCCAAGCCACUCUCCGUCCGUCACGGAAUCGACUUGGUCACCCGUUUGGUCGAGAAGAAGAAGGCCAAGUUGGUCGUCAUUGCCCACGACGUCGACCCAGUUGAGGUUGUCCUCUGGCUCCCAGCCCUCUGCCGCCGUAUGGACGUCCCAUACUGCAUCGUCAAGUCCAAGUCCAGAUUGGGCAAGGUUGUCCACAUGAAGAAGACCUCGUGUGUUGCCAUCACCUCUGUCGCCCAGGCUGACCAGCACGACCUCGGUCUGCUCGUCGAGGCUGCCAAGCAGAUGUACAACAACAACGUUGACCACCGCAAGCAGUGGGGUGGAAACAUCCUGUCUGGCCCAACCCGUGCCAUGAUUGCCAAGCGUCUCAAGGCUGCCAACAAGGAGGCCACCGCCAAGUCCAGAAUCAACUAA